GUGAAGCGACAGGGUGUCUAGACGCCCAUGUGACCAGGCUCGGAGACUGGGCAAGGGCAGCGCGCACGCGCACGCACACGCACAAAACAAUCCGCGUCACGCACACGCAGUUCUCCCCCCGCCUGUAGGGAACACACACGUCUGCUGCUGCUGCUGCCACGCAUAAACUCUUCGGUGCGUGGAAGGAACGACUGCAGGCUUUCCACGCUGAAGGAUAUUUCUCUGCGUGGGCUUCUCUCGGAUCUUGGGUGGAUUCCUGCGUGGAUUAAAUGGGCCCACUUCCCCCCUUUACCCGUAGCCGAGCUACGGCUCCGCGGAGCUAAAUUCCACACACGCGCUCCGCGAUCGAAGCGAUGUUUGCAAGGAACCGCUGACCGACCACCGCGGAGCUCGUAGCGGAGGAGAAGGGUUCCUUCCCCGGCGUCGUGCUGCAGCCUCGCUCCGCUCCUCCGCCUCCCUCCUCCUCCACCGCCUCCUUUUCAGGCUGCUCGUCCCCGCCUGGACUCGAACCCGGCAAUCUUCAUGAUUUGCGGACACCAUGCUCGUUUUUUAGCCGGGGAACCCUCAUCAUCUCGUCCCGCAUGUUCAGGACCAAACGAUCGGGGCUCGUCCGGCGACUCUGGCGGAGCCGCGCGCCCGUGGAGGGCGACGGGGAGGUCGGGGACAGAGGGACGCAUGGCUCCGGGGGCUGCUGCAUGGGCAAAGCGGCCAAGGUGGCCAAGUCCCACGCAGCCGGGUCGGAGGCCGAAUUAAAGGCGCUCACCCACUCCGUGUUGAAGAAGAUUAAAGAGAAACAAUUAGAGGUGCUUUUGCAGGCGGUGGAGUCCAAGGGGGGAGCGCGGAGCCCCUGCUUGCUCCUACCCGGCAAAGUGGACGCCAAAGUGGGUCAAGUGUCUUACUCCCUCCCCAUGCUGCUCUACAAAGUGUUCAGGUGGCCGGACCUCAGGCAUUCCUCGGAGCUCAAGAGGCUGUCGUGCUGUGAAUCCUACGGGAAAACCAACCCGGAGCUCGUCUGCUGCAACCCGCACCACAUGAGCAGGCUCUGUGAACUCGAGUCUCCUCCUCCUCCGUAUUCCCGCUAUCCCAUGGAUUAUCUUAAACCACCAGAUUCUCCGGACUCGGGACCUUCAUCCAGUGAGACCGGGGAAACCACUUACUCGGCCCCCGUGGGGCUUUCAGAUUCCCUGGCCAUACAAGAGUCCGGAGAGCGGGCCCACUGGUGCGUGGUGGCCUACUGGGAGGAGAAGACCCGCGUGGGGCGCCUCUACUCGGUCCAGGAGUCGUCCUUGGACAUCUUCUACGAUCUACCUCAGGGGAACGGCUUUUGCCUGGGCCAACUCUGCUCGGACAACAAAUCUCAGCUGGUGCAGAUGGUCCGCACCAAGAUCGGCUACGGCAUCCAGUUGACGCGCGAGGCCGACGGCGUGUGGGUGUACAACCGCAGCUGCUACCCCAUCUUCAUCAAGUCGGCCACACUGGACAACCCGGACUCGCGCACGCUGCUGGUGCACAAGGUGUUCCCCGGGUUCUCCAUCAAGGCGUUCGACUACGACAAGGCCAGCAGCCUGCAGAGACCCAACGACCACGAGUUCACGCAGCAGCCGCGCACGGGAUUCACGGUUCAGAUCAGCUUCGUGAAGGGCUGGGGACAGUGCUACACGCGGCAGUUCAUCAGCAGCUGCCCCUGCUGGUUGGAGGUCAUCUUCAACACGCGGUAGUGGCGGCCGAGUCCCCCCCCACCGACCCCCCCUCCUUUUUUGUUCCAGACGUUCAAACAGAAAGUUAUUGCAAAAAGUUCCCACAAGAGACUUUCUUUAACAAGAAUUCAUAAAAAAAUAAGAGGCAAGAAAUGUAUUUUAUGUUAUAUAUAUAUAUAUAUAUAUAUAUAAAUAUAUUAUUAAUUGUAAAUAUGAAGACGUUUUAUAUGCAUCAUUAUUUAUGUAUUGUGCAAUGUGUUGAUGAGAAAAAGAAAAUAAGAUGCACUUUGCUUAAUAUAAAUGCAAAACAAAGAAAUGCCAAAAUAAUAAAAAAAAACACAAAUAUUUCAUGCUGUUGUUGGUU